UUUAAAGGGUUAAUCCAUUAUUAAUCUAAGCUCAAAAUUAAUUAAGAUGGUUUAUAAGAGUACUACCGCUAAGAGCCUACUCCUACUCUUCAUUCUCCUUUUCUCUGUGAGCUUGUUUAAUUAUGUUCGCGCUUUCGAUUUCGAGGUUGGCGGCGAUGAUGGGUGGGCCGUCCCGCCCGCGAAGGAUCCCGACAUGUACAACGACUGGGCCUCGAAAAACCGGUUUCAGGUCGACGACACGAUUCAUUUCAAGUACAAGAAGGAUUCAGUGAUGGUGGUGAGGGAGGAGGACUACAAGAAGUGCCGGUCGACACACCCGAUAUUCUUCUCGAACAAUGGUGCGACGUUGGUGAAGCUCGACCGGUCGGGCUUGUUCUACUUCAUCAGCGGUGUCGCGGGACACUGCGAGAGGGGCCAGAAGAUGAUCAUCAAGGUGAUGGGCCACUCCGACGGCCCUGGCGCAUCGCCUGGUGGGAACCAAACCGGAACUCCUCCCCCGCCGGGCGCACCGGACUCGGGUGUCGCCGGUCCCGACAUGGCCAGGGUUCUUGCAAUGGCUUCUGUUCAGUUGGUUUUGGUCUUGGUUGGUUCCAUCUUUUUCUAGGGUUUUAGUAUGUUGUUGGGGUGGAAAGAGUGUGGGAGUUAGGGUUCUUAGGUGUUUCAUUUUGUGUUCUCUUUGG